AUGGCCGUGGGGGAAAAAGAUGCGACGAUGCUGGACGUGGGGGAGGGUAGUCGACCGCCGGGAGACCCUCCGGAUCUGAGCCAAUCAUAUGCGAGUAAGGUGGCCGGAGGAAGUGUUGGAGGGAAACAAAUACCCGAUGAUUUGUUAGCGGAGGAGUUUUUGGAGACGAGUGUGAGGAUGGAACUCCCAGAAGGGGAUGAAGGGGAAGCGGUGGUAACUAUUGAUGCAGAGGUGUUGGAGGUGAUGAAUGGGUUGUGGAAGCAAUGUAUGAUUGUUAAGGUGUUGGGGAGGCAUGUUUCCAUUGCGGUCUUGUUGAAGAAAUUACGGGAGAUGUGGAGGCCGAAGGGGGCGAUGUACGUGGUUGAUCUACCUCGCCAGUUCUUCAUGGUUAGGUUCGAGUUAGAGGAUGAAUACCUAGAGGCGUUAACCGGAGGUCCUUGGAGAAUUUUUGGGAGUUAUCUCAUGGUGAAAGCGUGGGAACCGGAGUUUGAUCCCAUGACGGAUGAGAUUGUUACAACACCGGUGUGGAUUCGUUUAUCGAAUAUUCCGGUGAACUUCUAUCAUAAGAGACUUCUUAUGAGGUUGGCGAGGGGAUUAGGGAAACCAGUGAAAGUGGAUCUCACAACGAUGAAUUUCGAGAGAGGUCGUUUUGCUCGGAUAUGUGUGGAUGUGAAUUUGAAGAAGCCACUGAAAGGAUCAAUAUUGAUCAACGGUAGUCGGUACUUUGUCUCCUAUGAGGAGAAUCAUGGGGAUAAGCAGAGGUUGGUGGAGGGUGUUGUGCCAGUCAAGGAGACUCAGAGGGGAGAAGAGUUUACGAUGGUUAGAAGAUCGGGUCGGCGUCCGGAGACGUCUCGCAAGUCCGGCGACCAAACGGAUAUUCGUGGGAAGGGCAAUUCUGGUAACCCACUGCAGGAUAUCACAAACAUUAAUGGUGUUUCGAAUGUUACCAUUUCUAACAGAUUCGUUGAGUUGGAGGAGGAUUCUAUUGAGAGGGUGGGUAAGGAAAGCGAGAGUUCAGUGGUACCGCAUAAGGAAAACGUAUCUGUCAUUACUCAACAGGAGAAGGAGAAGAGUGGUGAUCAAGUUAAUGAGAGGGGGAGGGUUGGGCCUAUUAGUAAAGGGUUAGGCCCAAUGCGAAAAGGGUCACAAUUCAAUUUUGGAGCUCAGCAAGGGCUGCGUAAUGGGCCUAAGUUGAAACAUAAAGCUAAUAAGCCCGCUCUGGGGUUGGUGUUUGGUAGGACAAAUGGGGAGGUGGAGAUGUCGUUGUCGGGAAAACGUCUUCGUGUUGAGAGGGAGGAGUUGGGUAGAGCUGGGGGAAUAUUUGGACACGAGCGUGCAGGAAACAAAGACUCGGUCAAGUUAGUCCCCACAGUUACUACUGAGUCUAUGUCGGGUAUGGCCGGUUUAGAGCUCGUGUCGCAGAAGCGGGAUUUGAAUAUGCCUCCACAUCCAUCUGAAGAGAUGGAGUUGCAGGGAGCAUGA